GAGACAGGACAGCGCUUUGUCGGCAAUAUUUCUGCCUCUUUUUCUGCGAGACCAACGCGGCAGAGGAUUUGCUGUCAGGUUCGGUUGAGAAGCCGGCAACCAGCCAGAGCGCGGCAUCCCAGGUGACCUCUUUUUACCUUUUUUCUUCUGGACCUUCCUCUUUCUCCGCUUCUUAACUGAACUCCUCGGAGGCAAGACACCCGGUGGAGGUAGAGGUGAGCGCCUGGCGCCGUCGCUGCGCCGGCGAGCAGCUCGCGUUCGUCGACAUGGGAGUCUGGUCGGCGACCUCUUUCCAGUUUUUCGCUGCUUCUCUCUGUCUUUCUCGAUUGUCUUUCUGCGCCGUCUUGCCUCCUCGCCUGAGCGAGUUCGCUCUUGAAUGCGCUCCGUCGCCGUCUCCCCUGCUUGCUGUGCGGCUUCGGGACCGCCUCUCCGUGGCGUGUGUCUGUACACCUGGAGGCGCAUGAGUCUUCCGGUUUCUGUUUUUUUGGGGCCUCGGCGAGUCAUGGGAGAGGUUCAGAGUCGGACCACCGCCGCCGACUUCUGUCCAGCUUGCGGCCGCCGAUUUCUGACGGUUUUUUCCUCUCUCCAAGCCGCCUCCAGACAGGAGUGAGAGCGCGAGGCCUCUGCCUCCCAAGCGACCUGGUUGCGCAGGAGUCACGCGGCGCAUGCAGAGGAAAGAAACACCCAGAAAGGGGAAGGACAGAAGAGCGAGACGCGAAGAACAAACGAGAGAGAGAGGUAACGGAACCGGAACGAGAAGCUACGGAUACACACAAAGGAGUUAAGUGCCUCGCUGCGGAGAAACAGUGCCAUGGAACCGAUUCGUUUGCGCGGAAAGAGCUCUCGCUUCUGUCUCGUUCUCUCCUCUCUCUUUCUCCCUUGUCUUUUUCUGUCUCCUUGUUAGCUGCGCGCUUCGGAGGAGCCUGUCUUUCUCCGACGACCUCGACAGCUGUGACCGUUCUCGUUUGCAUCCUGCGACGUCCUGCAGAGAUCACUGUAAAUCCCCUUUGCCCUCGUCUUGUUGGCAUGCGUUCGAACACCGGGAGUCUGUCUUCUCGCUCUGAGCUCUCCUGGAAAUAAGAACUCUUUCUCUCUUCACGUCUUCCUCCUUACCUGUCUUUGUAUCCUCUUAACAGCUGAAAAAUUCCUUUGCAUGCGUCUGGAUCUACGUUUAAAUGUGGGUGUGUCGGUGAUGAGAAUCGUAGAUGGAGAAGCGUCUCCUGUGCAGAAGCUUUGUUUCUCGCUUCCGCCUGUGAGUUCCCUCGUCACCUGUUUCCUCUGUCUCUCUCAGGACCCAUUCUCGUUGGGUUUGUUCCCUUCCUUCAUAACCGCUCCCUAUUAUCUCGUUUCGGUUUUCCUUCCUCUCUUCGUCUCCUCGUCUCUCGAUGCUUUUGCGUCACCUUUCACCUCUUCGUCUGCUCUGCACCUCUCUUGGUCUUCCUCUCGCUGCUUCCCCUGUCUCUCUUCAUCCUUUCCUGUUCUUUCUCGUCUGGCCCUCGCGUUCUCCCUGGCUCCCCGCUGUCUUCGUCUUCUUUCAAGAUGUUUCAGUCGCGGACGUCUCUGCCGUCGCUGAUUCGCGGCCUGCGCGCUGCACAGCAGGAGGGCAACGACGACGAGUUCCUUUCUGCGUCGCUGCAGCAGAUCAAGGAGGAACUCGUUUCUGCGUCCAGUCCGGCCUCGCAGUCUCUGUCCUCUCUCCUGGGACGCGCGCCGAGCGCCAGCGUCCGGAGCACCGCGCUGCUGAAGCUCGCCUACUUGCAGAUGCUCGGAGUCGACCUGGGCUUCGCGACUUUCUCCGUCGUCGAGGCCAUGAGUGUGCAGUCGUUCACGCUCAAGCGGCCAGCGUACUUUGCAUGCGCUCUCGCCUUCGCCUCGCCUCUCUCCGCUACGAGCCUGCGCGCGAGAGAGAACGACGCCUGCGCCCGCGAGGAGGCACAAGACGGAAGACAGCUCUCAGGAUCAGGCGCAGAGGGCAGAAACCUCGCCGACGAGAAACAAAAGCAGCAGCAGGCGCUUUCUCUCCUCACGACCAAUCUCUUCAAGAAAGACUUCAACAGCAAAGAAACUCACGAAACGAGCCUUGCACUGUCGACGCUUGCGGUGAUGUCGACGCCUGAGAUCGCUGCGGCUCUGCUGCCGGAUGUUCUUCUUUUGCUGGCUUCGUCGCGCUCGAUUCUCCGGAAGAAAGCGGCAGUGUGCGCCAGUCGAUUCCUCAUUCAAGUUCCUGCUCUGCUUCCGUCGUCCUUCCCCAAACUGCGCCAGCAGUUGAUGUCGGAAGAGGAGACGCCGGUGGUGACUUCCUUGUGCUCGGCGCUUCUGCAGCUGAUUGCGGAGAGGCCGCAGCAGUAUCUCUCGUUAGUGCCUCCACUUUUUCACCUGCUCUGCGCGAGCUCGAGUAACUGGUUGUCGCUGAAGCUCCUGAAGAUCUUUGCGCUGCUCGCGCCGUUCGAGCCUCGCCUGCCUCUGAAGCUUCUCAGACCUCUCCGGACGCUGCUCGAGCAGAGUCGCGCCAAGAGCGUGGAAGUUGAAAUUCUUCGUCUCAGCUUGCUUCACUUUCCUUUCGAAGAAGCAGCUGCGAAGGCGCGGCGCACCGCCGCUGCGGGAGCUCUCCUCGCGAACUCCGAAGUCGCGGGCGAAGAGCCUCCGCGCGAGGACGGGGGCGAAUGCGAGCUGGACGCGUUUCUGCGAAGCUGUCUCCGCCGCAUACAUGCGCUGCUCACAAGUGCAGACAGAAAUCUCCGCUGCGUAGGAGUUGACAUUCUCGCGAGGCUCUUCGCGGAGAAGAGAGACAUGGCUGCAGACGUCGCGGCGUGCAUCCCGGAGUUUCGCAAGUUUGUGCUGCAGGCUGCCGAGGAGUGCGACCCGACCAUUCGCUCGCGAGGCAUCGACUUGUUGACGAAAACGGCGACGGCGGAAUCGUUCACGCAGAUCGCCGAGCAACUCGUCGCGGCCGCGGGCGCUCUGGAGGCGCAGAGACUCCCUGGCCAAACUCGAAGCGAAAAGGAGACGGGAGACCCCCGCAGCGCCCUCGCCGUCGCAGCCUCUCCAGCUUCUCUCAGGGCCAGCUUCCUGCUUCCCGUCUUGCGCAUGGGCGCCGAAAAUCACUACGCACUCGUGGAGGACUUUGAAUGGUACCUGGCGCUUCUGGCGAGCAUUGCAGUGGACGGGGGGGAAAGUUCCGUCGAUUCAUACAGAGGCAGGCCUGCAGGCGCGGGGCUCGAGGAGGAAGGCGCAGAACCUUCAGUCUCCGGCCUCGUCGCUGAGCAACUCGUGGACAUCACCGUCCGCGUCCCCGCCGUGCGGCCCUGCGCCGCGCUCCUCGCCUCGCUGAUUUGCGACUCCGCUGGGGCCUCGACUGCAGGGCGCGAGACGCUGCGGAAAAUUCACCGCGCUCAUCAGCGUCAAGCUGGCGUCUUGCGCGAGGUCGAAGCUUUCCCAGAGAAAGCCGAACAAACCGUCGCUCCCGUCGUCGUCCGAGCUGCCGCCUGGAUUGUCGGCGAGUAUUUCGAGUAUUUGGACGGCAACCAUGCAGACGAGAACGUGGACCCUCGUGAAGGAGGAUCGCUGUCUUUCUACUUUGACGCCUGUCGCUCUCUCAUUCGUCUCGCCCGAUGUCUGGUGUUGCCGCCUCCCGUCCAGCAGGUAGUGGUUUCGGCUGCAGUGAAAGUUUUCCUGGGCGCAUGCAGCGCAGUGUCUCGGCGGCGUGGACUUGGACAGCCGCGUCUGUGUUCCGCGAAGGAAGACUUAACGCGCCUCUGCGAAGUGCAGGAAGCGAUGCUGGCGAUGCUUGAGAGGUGCAAAGCCGCAGCGGAGGGCGAACAUGGCAGCAGUCCGUCCAGCAGCGUCGAGGUGUAUGAUCGGGUGCGGCUGGCGGAGCAGCUCGUUCGUUUCUUCGGCCCAGGCGACUCGGAGACAGCAGGGCAGGGCGAGGGCCUGCGUGUGUGGGGUGUUCGACAGGGCGCCUUUCUCCCCGUUCUCCCCGGAGCGCAGCAGCAGGUUCCACUUGAUGCCUCUCUGGACCUCUCGAGUCCUUUCUUCGACUAUCGGCGUCUGCAGUCGCAGCAAGCCUCGGGAGCGCGCGCUCCCGAGGCUCUGCCGCAGGCUCCAAGUAGUGUGGGCGCAGCCUCCGAGGUCGGCGGCGCCCUGAACCGGAAAGGAGACACCUCGGGAGAUGCCUCAGGUGUGGGGUGGCGAGGCGGAGGUCCUUCCUCGAACGGGAAGAAGAGAUUUGACGUUAUUCGCAGCGCCAUUGCGCCUGGUCAGCCGCAAGGCUCUCCGGGAUCCACGACCUCGCCCGAGAAGCCUGCAUGCGCUGUCUCUCUGUGCCUCAACAGCAGCGGCCCCGAGGCGUCUCUUGUCUCGUCUUCGGUGUCUGCUGUCUCUUCUGUGGAGUCUCCGCCCAACUCAGGGGGCGGCGCAACCGCGGCUUGGGACAUGAAAGUCCGAAAGUGUCUGCGGCCUUCAGAGACGGCGCAGGAGGCAGGCGUCCCGCUUCCGCUGUCUCUGCAGCUGCAGCUGAAAGGUCGGCUCUGGCAGAGUUGUGGGGGAGACGAACUUCUGCGGAUCUUCUGUUGUGUGGGAGAAGUCCAGGGACCUACUGCGCCCGACGCGCCUCCCGCUGUCGCCGUCGCGCUCUGCUGCGAGAAGGCCGGAAGCGUGGAGACUGAAGUCUCGGAGGUCGGCAUUGUUUUCUCUGAGGCAGACUCUCUGGGCCUCCCUGCACUGGUUCCUCUCGCCUCUGAGCUGAAGAGGCGAAGCGAGCGCGUCGUCGUGAAACCUGCAAGCUUCUCUUCUCUCCUCUGCUGCGCAUCGACUGCCGAGCUUAGAGACUGGCGCCUCGAAGGCAGAAUUGUCUAUACGACAGAGAGUUCCUCCGUGGACUUCUCUUCGCUUGACGGAGACGCCGGCGUCGGCGAGCCUGACCGUCAGAAGCAGCAGCGCUCUGCUCCCUUCGCUGUCGAAAUUCCUGCAACUGUUGGACUGCUGCCUCUCCAGAUGACGGAGGACGAACUCGCGUCAUUUUUCACGCAAGCAGGCGGAGCAGUUUCUGCACAGCAUAGCGAGCGCGUGGCUGUUCGGACGCGAACGCCCAGUCCCGCCGCUGGGUGUACAGACACCUGGUGCGUCUCGCUGGGAGGAGGCGCGCCCACCUCACCGUUGUCAGUUCUUCAGUAUCUGCGAAUCGUGGCGUGUGCCGCAAAUAUGUUUCUGCUUCCGCAGCAGCCGCUGCCGGCGUCCGUCUGCUCUUCGGGGGUCUUGAAAUGUCUGCUUAUUGCUCAGCUGUACAACCCCGAUGGCGCCCACCAGCUUCAGACGAGGCUGGAGAAAGUGGAGGCUGGGCGCACAGAGUGCUUUGCGCCUCCGUCCCUGCCCGCAGAUCUGAGUGGGCAUCAGGUUCUCUUGGCCUUCGUGGCUUGUUCGUGUGGGGGCGAGAGUCCGAGAGAAAAAGACACGCCAGAGAAAACGAGCGAGGAAGGAAGCGGGAUUCUCCACUUCAGGGUCAACGUCAGGAGCGCGAGCGCGACAUGCAGCGAGGCGGUGUGCCGCCGGAUCUGCACUUUGCUCGAGGAAACGGCUUUUGGACGCUUGCAUGUGUUCACUGAGUAGACUGGCAAAAAAGGGAGACAGCUGCCGCACCAGAAACGGCUGCGCUCGAGCAAAGUCUGCACAGGCAACGGAUGCGUACGUUUCAAGGGUGGGUCUCCACAACAGAGGAGGCGCGAGUCAGAGCCAGAACGAGAUGCUGAGGGAACAAAAAGGGUAUAGUGGAGGGUUAAAAGAGAUUUCAGAAGAAGAAAGAGGAAACACAUCUGUGGAGACAAAGAGGCUGAAAGACAGGGGGAGGAACUUGAAUCAGUAUGCGAGGAGGAUCUCCGAGAGUGGAGAAAGACUGUGUCAGAUUCAUGAGAAAGAAGAGACACGACCGCCUUUGAUCUCCGUCAGAAAACGGCAUUCAAGCAUGUACAACUUUGAAAAUACAUCGAAACCCCUUCCAAGUUCGGCAGCGAAUUACGGGAGGACAGCCUGCUGGUGUUGUUUGUGCGUUUGCGCUUUUGUGGAGUCGACCACGGUAGCUUGGAGGCAAAGACCUAGAGAUGAAACAGUGUUUUCUGUCCUAAAAAGAGAACUGUUUGUCGUACAGAAGGCGCUGCAGCCGUGGCGAGAAGCCCUCAUGUGUGUCUUACAAUGCGCUGGAAACUGAGCGCAUUCGUUUCCUGUUUGUGGUAGAGUCUGGCCCAACUUGAGAGACUGUCAUGGAUGUGUUUGCUUUCGCCGCAUGUCAUUUCUCUUUUUUCCAAUGAUGCGCCGCCUUCUGUGGCGUAAGUUUGAUUAAAAUAAGAACGCUAGCAUGCUUGUUCUUCAGGAACUGUUGAGCACGAGGACUGCGUGCUCAGGUAGUGUGUCUUCGGUUUGAUUAUCCGUAUUGGCC